AUGCUGAAGGUGAAAAGGCUGGAGGAGAUCAGCUCCUGCCACAGCAGCAACCCCCUGGAGAAAGUGGCCUUUUUCCAGUGCAUGGAGGAGGUGGAGAAGGUGAAAUGUUUUCUGGAAGAGAAUUCUAAUGAGCUGGAUCUACAAGCUGGAGACCAUGAGGCUGAGGAAAACGUGUGGUCCAACCCUGCACUGAAUGAAAGGACAAUUGUCACAGGUGGCAAGACAUCAGCCUUCACAGAGAGACCUGACCAGAAAGACCAGUUCUCCUCCGAGAAAGAAAAGGUUACCCAACUCAACAGGAAAAAUGCGGAGAAGACCAGCACCUCUGAACUUCAGAGGAGUUGUGCCGUUGGUCAUAAAGAAAGACAAGACAAGGCAGAUUUUGUUCUGAGGAAUUCCACGGAGCUAAGAGAGAAUGCGGGUGGAAAAGAUGGUCCAUGCAUAGGAAGUCUGGAGAGACAAGAAAGCAACAUCCUGGGAGAUAAACAGUACACUGUUCACAAAGGAGGGAAAAGUGGGUUUCCUUCUAAGGAAGAUAUCAGAGGAAUAAAAGCUGAGCACAGAGUUUCAACAGCUGCAAGUGAAACAGUGCUGGACAAACAUCCAACUGCAAAUCAGCACAUUGAUGAAAUGAACGGUGGCCCAACCCAUGAAAGGUGCAUCAGUAAUAUAAAGGCCAUUUCUACACCAGGAAUCCUGGGAAAUUCAGCAUCAGGAUCCACCUUCCAGAAUGCCGAACAGACAGAGUCUGCUGGCAGCAGUAAGCGCAGAGUGGCAGAGGAGUGCUUCCUAAGUGAGGACAACAAAAAGAGCAGGAUAGAUGAAGUGAGUACGGGGGAAGAGCCCACAGCUAGCACAGAGGAAACCAGACAAGCCAGGUGCCUGGAUGACAGACCCCAGGAUGGAAUGACAACCUCUAGAGAGAAAGACACAGCAGUUCUACUAGACGAUGGCCCUGCUCCUGCAGCCCCAUUCGAUCACCGGAUUGUACUGGCCAAACAUGCUGCAGUGGACAGUUUGUACACCGUGAGCAAAUCUGAGAUCCUAGGAGGGGGGCGUUUUGGCCAGGUUCACAAGUGUGAAGAGAAAGCAACUGGCCUGAAGCUGGCUGCUAAAAUCAUUAAGAUCAGAGGUGCAAAGGACAAGGAGGACGUGAAGAACGAGAUUAGUGUCAUGAACCAGCUGGACCACGUGAACCUCAUUCAGCUCUAUGAUGCCUUUGAGUCCAAGCAUGAUAUCAUUCUAGUCAUGGAGUAUGUGGAAGGUGGGGAGCUGUUUGAUCGCAUCAUUGAUGAAAACUGUAGUCUGACAGAGCUGGACACCAUCCUGUUCAUGAAGCAGAUCUGUGAGGGGAUAAGGUACAUGCACCAGAUGUAUAUCCUCCACUUGGAUCUCAAGCCUGAGAACAUCCUGUGUGUGAAUCGGGAUGCUAAGCAAAUAAAAAUUAUUGAUUUUGGAUUGGCCAGAAGAUACAAACCCAGAGAGAAGCUGAAAGUGAACUUUGGAACCCCAGAAUUUCUUGCCCCUGAAGUUGUGAACUAUGAUUUUGUUUCCUUUCCUACGGAUAUGUGGAGUGUGGGCGUCAUCACAUACAUGCUACUCAGUGGCUUGUCCCCUUUUUUGGGUGAUAAUGAUGCAGAGACUCUGACCAAUAUCCUGGCAUGCAGGUGGGAUUUAGAAGAUGAAGAAUUUCAGGACAUCUCAGAGGAGGCCAAGGAGUUCAUCUCUAAGCUCCUAAUUAAGGAGAAGAGUUGGAGAAUAAGUGCCAGCGAAGCUCUCAAGCACCCGUGGCUGUCAGACCACAAGCUCCACGCCAGACUGAGAGCACAGAAGAACUGCAACUCUGGUGCUCAGAACCUCACAACCAAGUAA